AUGGAACUUACGCUUCACUGUAAACCUUCAAUCCCAAACUCCGCAGCCCAAUUCCCCUGUUCUUCUGUUCUUUCCACAUCAUACAUUGUAUAUCCCUCUUUUGGUGCAAGAUUUUCGAAUGUUAACGACCCAAAAGUUUCAAUGUUGCCGACAUUAGUACAAGUGUCAAGGAGACAAUUGUUGCUGCCUUCAGUUUCGGGGUUGUGGGACGCCAUAACUGGCGGUUCCAAUUCACCCCGUGAAGCAGUACUGGCAAUUCGGCGUGGAAUGCUUCUAUUCAGACAGGGUGAUGUGUUGGGGUCUUUGGUGGAGUUUGAUAAGGCAAUUGAGCUUGACCCUCGACAGAAGGCCUAUCUUUGGCAGAGGGGACUCUCAUUGUACUACCUUGAUAGGUUUGAGGAAGGAGCCGAGCAGUUCAGGCUAGAUGUUGCACAGAACCCAAAUGACACUGAGGAGUCAAUAUGGUGCUUUCUCUGUGAAGCUCAAUUAUAUGGAGUAGAUGAGGCAAGAAGGAAAUUUCUUGAGGUUGGUAGAGAUCCUCGGCCUUUCAUGCGAGAAGCCUAUAACAUGUUCAAAGAUGGUGGAGACCCCGAAAAGCUUGUCGCUGCUUUUUCUGCUGGACGUGACAACGAGGUUUUCUAUUCUUCUCUUUAUGCUGGACUUUAUUACGAAUCCCAGAAUGAAAGUGAUGCCGCAAAGCAUCAUAUUGUAGCUGCUUGUCAAUCUCCUUAUGGAGCCAGGUCGGACGACUACAUGGCUUCUCUUGCCAAGGUGCACUGCCUCUGUAGAAACUGGCUUCCUGCCUAA